AUGGCCGGACUCAGUGUUUCUUUUGGGAGCCAAGGCUUUGUCGGCCUGUCUCGGUGCGAGACACUGCGGCUCUCCAGACCGGUUUUGGGUCAAGGCACCGAGCAACAGACGCGUCAGGAGCAGUGUGGACUGCCUGUUCUCGUCGCCGCUGCGGCAGGUGCAGCAGCUGGCGCUGUGGCCUCUCGCGGGCCACGCAGAGAGACACGAGGCCUACCUGGCACUCAGCGGAGGGCCUCGCUGCAGCCAGUGGAGGUGCAGGAAGACGAGGCCAUGGAGCUGGAAAGAGAACUGGCAGAGUGGGGCGAGGAUGAUGACUACGAAGAGGAGGUGGAGGAAUUGGAAGGCAGAGACGCGGAGCGGCGAGGCUCCGGUGGCAAAGAAACCAACGAGUCCGACUGGCAGCACUGGGUCCCAAACCUGAGCAAAGAGGCGAUCUGGAGAGUCUUGAAAGCGAGGCGGCCGGACAGUGGCAAAUUCAAGGAGGUGAUGCUCGCUUUGAGGCGUGGUGAUGUUCUGACCACCAAAGAGGAAUACGAAGAUGCGCUCGGCCUUCUCUGCAGACGAAGGGAGGGCUGGCGGGAUGCAUCUAUCAUCUUGGCUUGCAUGUGGCACAACGGCUUCAUGCCAGACCAUAGACACUAUGCUUUGGUCAUGAGCGCCCUGUCGCAGACGAGGCGGUAUGAGAAAACAGCGAGGCUUUUCGAGGAGAUGGCGGAGCACUACAUCCCCUUGAGCCCUCAGUGUUAUUAUCUCGGCAUCGAGGCAUAUAGCAAGAAGGAAGAGGUGGACGGUGCCCUGCAGCUUUUCAAGGACAUGCAGUCCGACGGCUAUGAGCCAACGCUGCAGAUCUAUGCGACCCUGAUGUACGAAUUGGGGAAGGCUGGAACAUGGAUCAAGUCGUUGGAGCUCUUUGAGGACAUGCUCGCGCGCAGCAUCCUGCCGACCAGACAGAUCUUCAACCUGCUGGUCUUGGCUUACGGCUCCGGCGGCGAGUUUGAGCGUGUUCUGGAGACAAUCGAUCAAAUGAUCAAGGCUGGUCUGGAGCCGAACCUGACGACUUUCCUGUGGGGAAUGCAAGCCGCGGAGCGCGCCGGUGAAAUGGACAAGGGCUUGUACCUUUAUCAGAGGAUGAAGGAUCGGGGCCUCAAGAGUCACCCCAAGGUAGACCAGGCUCUCAUGCGCAUUGCCAUGGCAGGGAACGAUCCCGAUCGAGCGCUCCAGUUCUUUGAAGCCGCCAUCCAGCGCAGGCGCAGCUACGAUAAGAAUGCUGUUGAUGGGCCUAUCUACGAAGAGAAGGGCAUCUACAAGCAAGCCUUGCGUGCAUGCCAGCUUGCAGCGGCCUCCGGUACAACGCCAGGCUUCGGAAUCAGCUCUUACGAGGACUACGCCUUGCAGCUGCUCUUGGAUUUGCAGAAAGCCAAAAUCAAGGUGGAUCCGAGUAUGUAUCUGCACGCGAUCUCAACCUGUGAGUACAAGAAGAGCUGGACCAGAGUCAUCAGCUUGUUGCAGGAAAUGUCAGAGAGAGGAUUCCGGGUGCAGGGCGAAAGGCUCCGAUCGGCCUACUGGAAUGCGAUCCUGGCCGCAGACGAAUCUCAUGAUCCUGACAAGGCAUGGGACCUUUUCGAGCAGAUGAAGCUCAACAGAGUGACUGUGGAGCCUUUCAUGUACGAGCAGAUGGUGCUUCUGCUUGAGAAGAAUGGUCAGUUAGCGCGGGCUGCCCGGUUAGACGAAGAGUUCCAGAACCGCCAGCUGACAAAGUACGCCCAGGAGAUCAUGGUGCACAGGAAGCGCAACGAGUGGGAAGAGGCCAUUGGCAUCGUUCAGAAAAUCCGGGAUGAUGGCAUCAGGCCGACGAUCAAAAUCAUGAACACAGCUCUCAGCUCCUUGCAGUACCCUGGGAAGUGGGAGCUGGUCCUGGAAAUGAUGGAAGAGAUGCGAGCCGAGGGGUACGAGUUGGAUGUCUGCACUCACACAGUCGCCGUUACCUCCAUGAUCACAGCCGGUGAGCUGGAGAAGGCUUCCGAGCACUUGCAAGUCAUGAAGAAAGAAGGUGUUGAGCCCACAGCGAUGACCUACGGCCGCCUGAUGUAUGGCUUGGAGAAAGCCGACCUGCCGGAGAAAGCCCUGUAUCUUUGGGAUGAGAUGCGGGUCCAGGGCAUCGACCCCGACAGGGUUGGAUUCGAGACUGCAGUGAGGGCCUGCAGCAAGUGUCAAUUUGAUGAGGCGGUCCUCGAGCUGUAUGAUGAGAUGAAGGUUCGUGACAAGAACCCUUCCAGAGAGACCGCGCGCAGCGCCGCACUGGCUGCCGAGCGGCUGGGCCUUUCGGCGACUGUGAUCGAAGGAGCGACGCCAAUCACGCCCGAGGAGCCAGAGGACGUCGAAGUUCUCGACGCUUUGGGCCGGUGA